GAAUAACCCUCCUACAAAACCCGGACAAAAGACCGCAGAGACCUGGGGCAGUCGAACUCACUGUAUCGCGACGAAUAUCACGUGUCGAGCUUCUACCGGAGUUAUACAGUGACUUUUACUUGCCUUACGAUCAAAGGCUGAAACGAUCUCAGUUUAUCCUCGACUCUCGACAUUCGACACAUACGUGUGGUGGCCAAUCAUGGUCAACCCUCCCAGCUUGCCCACAACAUUGGCCAAGCUUCCUGUCUCAUUGCCGACAGCUGUGAUUCCAGAAUUCCUGGAUUUGGACGGCAUAGCAAAUUACUUCGUCUCAGCACUGGACCUUCUUUGUGAGGAUGAUUUCAUCCAGGACGCAGUCUGGCGCGACAUAUUUGCACUAACCGGCACGGCGAGGACGUUCUACUCGGCUCAAUCUAUUGCCGCUGCAUGGAAAGCCACCUCAAAGACGCAUAAACCUACGUCAUUUGCUAUUGAUGGCAAGCCUCAGGUCGUCCGGGCUGGACCUACGGCUUGGCUAGAAAUAGGUUUCACUUUCAGAACACAAGGCAUUCCAGCAACCACUGACCAUGGAUACCUAUCCGUCAUUCCCGAUGGUACUGGAAAGUGGAAGAUCUGGAUACUCCGUACGAUCCUGGAGCGAUUGGACUCACAGCCAGAUGUUGACCAUCUGGAACCUGUGCAUAAUAUGCCUGCUCCGAAUGGUCAUUCUAUCGCCAAUGGGGAUACUGUAGACAUUCCUGUACGACAGGUUAAUGCAAAUGGUGUUACCGCGGACGGUUUAGCACCCACUGCUAUGGCCGUCAACGAUCCAGCCACCAAUGGUACUACUACAAAUAGCACUGACAUAAAUGACGCUACCACCAACGGUCGUCAUACUGAUGGUGCAACGGCUCAUGACACAUCUAAGAGUGUCGACUAUGAGUGCGUCGUUGUUGGAGGGGGACAAGCCGGUUUAAGCGCGGGUGGACGGUUGAAGGCCCUCGGCGUGUCUUAUGUCAUUAUUGAGAAGCAUCCCAAUGUUGGAGAUAGCUGGAAAACGCGAUAUGACUCUAUGAGACUACAUACAGUCCGGGAGUUUGCUCACCUACCGUUCGAGAGAACCUUUCCUUCCACCUACCAAGAGUGGUUGACCAAGUAUGACCUUGCGGAAGGCUAUCAACGUUGGGCCAAGAAGUAUGGCAUAAAUAUUUUCUUGUCCACCUCGCUGCUGUCAGGAUCGUGGAUCGCAGAGAAGAAUAUCUGGGAUCUCAAGAUCAUGCGUAGUGGGCACGAGUCUCACAUUACCUGUUCUUACAUCGUUUUCGCAGUAGGAGGGGGUGCACAGUUCCCUAUCUCGCCAAAUUAUGAAGACAGACACGUCUUCCGAGGUGUAACUAUGCAUUCAGGACAUUACAAAAACUCUAGUGAAUGGAGUGGUAAGCAUGGCGUAAUCAUUGGAACGGCAAAUACUGGUCAUGAUGUGGCUGGUGACAUGCUUGAGGCGGGAUUAAGUUCUGUUACUAUGGUGCAGAGGUCGAAGACAUUGCUUGUCCCUUCCGAGCAUUACAGAGUAAAUCAUGACAAGGUAUACAACGAGAAAGUACCUACGAAAGUGGCGGAUCGACUAUUUUGUACAGGUCCAGCUGCGAUUGGAAGACUCAUGAGCCUGAAGGCGAUAGAGCGCUGGACAAACAUGGAGCCAGACCGGUACGACUCGCUCGAGCGCGUGGGCUUCAAACUCGAUCGCGAAGGCGACAUGGUAUCUUAUCUAUUUGGGCGAUUUGGAGGUUACGCCCUGGACGUAGGGGUCUCGCCAAAAAUCUCGCAAGGACUUAUCAAGAUCAAGUCAGAUUCCGUCCCAGUUCGCUAUGUGGAAGACGGCUUGAUAUGCGCAAAUGGAGAUUUUAUAAGAGCAGAUGUCGUCGUGUUCGCCACAGGUUUCAUCUCGGACCUAAGGAUAGUGGCAGCGCAGCUCUUCGGUGGUGAGUUGGCAGGUCAACUAGACAGUUUUGGAGGACUCGACGAGGAAGGUGAACAGAAAGCCAUGUUCAAACCAUGUGGACAUCCUGCAUUCUGGUACGCCGGAGGGGCUGUUGGGCCAGCAAGAUACAUGUCACGCUUUGUUGCAAUGCAAAUCAAGGCUAAAAUACUUGAUACACCUUUACCAAUCUACACGGACACGCCGCCACGGAAUUCGAGUCCAAGAUAA